AUGAGUACGGUUCGCUUGAGUUUUGUAUCGGUUGGAAGAAUUGCUGUUAGGAGAAAUUCGCAGUUGACAUCGGGUGCUGCGCAGUCAUGUCGAGGUCUCCGGCGCUCGAGUCCCCGUUCCUUCAGUACAUGCGCCGUUUUGUGCAAGAGUCCCACAGAACAGCCCCCAGGGCCGCCACAAGCGGGCAAAGAUGCUGCAAGUACUGGUUCAGCAGGUGGUAAGAAGUCAGGUAAUGGGGUGCUGACGUGCCCCAAAUGUGGAGACCCUUGUACCCACGUGGAAACCUUCGUCAGCUCAACACGGUUUGUCAAGUGCGACAAAUGCCACCACUUCUUCGUGGUGCUGAGCGAGGUCGACACUAAGAAGAGCAUCAAGGACAAUGCUGACGCGAAAAACGGAUUCUACAGAAAGCCGCCUCCACCACCGAAAAAAAUAUUCGAGUACCUUAACAAACAUGUUGUGGGUCAGGAUUUUGCAAAGAAAGUGCUGUCGGUGGCCGUAUAUAACCACUACAAACGAAUAUACAAUAAUGUCACGAAUGGCGCUAACGACGCACACCAUCCACUGCAUCAUGCACACAAAGAUCUGCUGCAUCUAAGUCAGGGUGGGACAGGCGGCGGUGCGGAAGUACUGGAGCGACAGAACCACGAGCUGAGGCUUGACAAGAGCAAUGUCCUGCUUUUGGGACCAACUGGAAGCGGUAAAACCCUCCUUGCGCAGACGAUAGCGACAUGUCUAGACGUGCCCUUUGCGAUUUGCGACUGUACGACUCUGACGCAGGCUGGAUACGUCGGCGAGGACAUUGAGAGCGUGAUCGCGAAAUUACUACAAGACGCCAACUUUAAUGUGGAGCGAGCGCAGACUGGCAUCGUGUUCCUCGAUGAGGUGGACAAAAUUGGUGCAGUUCCCGGAAUACAUCAGCUUCGAGACGUAGGAGGUGAAGGAGUACAGCAAGGCAUGCUCAAAAUGCUCGAAGGUUGCGUUGUGUCCGUACCCGAACGUAAUUCUCGCAAACUACGCGGUGACGCGGUACAAGUUGACACCACGAACAUACUGUUCGUCGCGAGUGGGGCAUAUAACGGCCUCGACCGCCUAAUCCAACGGCGUAAUAACGAGAAAUACCUUGGCUUUGGGGCGUGGGACCCGAAGUCGGGACGACGGGCUGCGUUCGCCGCGGCCGCGGCCGACGCCUCGCCAUUGGAUACGGCGAAAGAUGAGUGCAACGAAAGAGAUAGCUGGCUUCGUAAGGUGCAAGCCAGGGACCUUAUCGACUUCGGCAUGAUUCCCGAAUUCGUUGGUCGUUUCCCCGUACUGGUGCCUUUCCACAGCCUCGAUCAGGACCUCCUCGUGCGGAUACUGACAGAGCCUAAGAACGCUAUUGUCGCCCAGUACAAAUUACUGUUCGCGAUGGACAAGUGCGAGUUGUCGUUCAGUGAAGAUGCGCUUCGAGCUGUCGCCGCUAUGGCUAUGGAGCGCAAGACUGGUGCUAGGGGAUUACGGGCCAUCAUGGAAAACCUACUUCUGGAAGUGAUGUUCGAGAUCCCAGGGUCGGAUAUAACGGGUGUACACAUUCACGAUGGCUGUGUGCGUCGCGCAGAACCACCAAGACUUACGCGGCGUCACGCAGACCAGGAUAUGCACCACUGGCCCUCGGAUUUGAAGGCGGAAUCGGAACCAUCUGUUAAUCAGUACGCGCUCUGA